AUGGCCCUCCGUCAGAAGCUCGCCGUCGUAACUGGCGGCGGCUCCGGAAUCGGCAGAGCGAUCGCGCACCGCUUCGCCCUCGAAGGCGCCACAUGCGUCCUGGUCGGGCGCGAUCCCAUGAAGUUGCGGGAUGCCGUCGUAAACCUCCUUCCCCCGGUCAAGCCGUGGGAGGGUUCGCCACCCGGGCCCCUCGAUGGCAGAAGCGCCGUGUUCUUUGCGCCCAAGACGAACCACUACGCGUUUGCGGGCGAUGUACAGGAUACCCAGUUUUGGAAUCAUCUGCGCCGUGAAUUUAAAAAACUUGAUAUCUUGGUAAACGCGGCAGGCGUGGCACAGAACAGUCUCCUCGUCAGGACCAAGGUCACGGACAUUAGCGACAUCAUCAACACGAACCUGGUCGGCACCACUCUCGGGUGCAGAGAGGCCUCUAGCAUGAUGAUCCGUCAAAUGGCCAACAGGAAGCCCGCCGACAGGUUUGAGGAGGCUGGCUGCAUCAUCAACGUCUCCAGCGUCCUCGCAAACAAGAAGGGAGCCGGCGCUGCAGUAUAUGCCGCUUCCAAAGCUGGCGUCUUGGGUCUCACAAGAUCUUUGGCCGUAGAGCUUGGAGGGUGCAACAUCCGUGUCAACGCCCUGGUGCCGGGCUAUAUAAACACGCCAAUGACUAAUAGCAAAAGCUCAAAGCUGGGUCAAACCGUCAUUGACUCAAUACCCCUCGGCCGAAUGGGCUCAACCAAGGAAGUAGCCGAUGCCGCUCUCUUCCUGGCCACCAACUCGUACGCUCAUGGCUGCAUUCUCAAUCUUGAUGGAGGAUUGAGCGCAGUUUGA